GCGUCACUCACUCCAUUCUUCUCCAUCGCGUGGCAGUCCCAGCCCGCCUUCCUCCGAGGUGUGGUGGGCUCGCCGUAGAAUAUAGAGUAUUUUAAUCUUCAGGGGACCAAGAUGUCAGAUGAAAACAAAGCUGCCAUUGCAGCAGAAAAGGAGAUUCUGAACUUGAAGUUACCCCCCAUUGUCCGUCCCCCAGAGGGCUUAGGUGUGGAUACACCAUCCCAGAGUAAGCUGCUUCACUACCGAAGAUCUAAAGAGCAGCAGAAGAUGAUGAAUCAGUUAGUAAUUGAUGGAGCCAAAAAAAACUUAGACAAAACACUGCAUAAGAGAAUACCUCCACUACCAGAGCCAGAUUACCCUUCCACCAUGUCCAGCGAAAUUAAAAAAAAAGGACUAAACUAUAAGUAUAUGAAAAGAUGUGUAGAAAGUAGUCCUAUCGUACCUAUUCAGCAGGAAUGGCUGGAUAACAUGUUAGCGCUGAUACCCAAGUCUUUAAAGGAGGGGAAGAAAAGAGAAGAACUUGUUGAAAGUCUCAUAAGUGAGGUCUCAAGUGACUUUGAAAGCAGCAUGAAGAGUUAUUUGGUGAAGAGUGUGCUCGUGAAGCCCCCAGUGAAAUGGCUUGAAGAUGAAGGAGCCCCUUUAUUUGAAUCCCCUUUAGGCCUGGAUUAUUCGAACCCGUGGCAUUCCAGCUAUGUGCAGGCAAGAAACCAAAUGUUAUCUAAUUUACACAUUGUUAACCCAACCAUGAAAAUGUUACUUGAUCUUGGUUAUGCAACAUUUGCCAAUACAGUUUUGCUGGACUUCACAGGAAUACGAGCUAAAGGGCCAAUUGACUGUGAAACAUUGAGAAAUGAUCUAUCAAUACAAGCUAAAAAAGCAGAAGAGAAGAUAAUGAACACAUGGUACCCAAAGGUCAUAAAUCUCUUUACCAAGAAGGAGUCAGUAGAAGGCAUUAAAUCUGAGAAAAUGGAUUCUUUUUAUAACUGUGUUUCCACACUUAUGUCAAAUCAGUUAAAGGAUCUCUUAAAGAGAACUGUGGAAGGAUUUUUAAAACUUUUUGACCAUGAAGACCAACGAGGGCUGCCAAUAUUUAAGAUGGAAUUGACGUUUGAUGAAGGAAAAAUGGAAUUUUAUCCCACCUUUCAAGAUUUGGAAGACAUUGUUUUGAGUUUAGUAGAACGGAUAGCAGAAGCCCUCCAGAAUGUCCAAACAGUACCUUCUUGGCUAUCAGGAGCUGCAACACCUACGAAUCUUGACACCGAGCUACCUGCACAUGUGAUCCACUGGGCUGUCGAUACAUUGAAGAGAGCAAUACGUCAGAACUUAGAAGGUCCAAGACAACAAUAUGAGGCAUAUGUUGAAAAAUAUAACUGGCUUCUUGAUGGGACUGCUGAUGAAAUGAUCAGCGUUUUUCAGAAUGAAGAUCAUACUUUUGAUGAAUACACAGAGUUUAUAGGGAAAUUUUUAAAUCUAGCUUCAGAAAUUACGCUGUUGCCACAGUGGGCUCAUUUCCCUAUGGUGCGGUUGGACUGCGAUGAUUUAAAGACAGGCUUGAUGAAUAAAGCAAAAGCCUUUGCUAACAUACUGUUAAAUGACAUAGCUUCAAAACACAGAAAAGAAAACGAAUCUAUUUGCAGUGAAUUUGAAACAAUUAAAGAAUAUGCAUUAAAAGUCCCUGAUACAACAGAAGAGAUGAUGGAACUGAUAACUUUUAUAGAGAAAGCUCGAACUUAUGGAAUUCAAGAGUUGAUUUUAAGGAUCGAGGAAUCCAAACGCCGGAUGAAUUACUUUUUAGAUGUUUUCCUAUUUCCUCCAGAAGACUUAGCUUUGAAUGCAGCUGUUCUACUGUGGCCUGGGAAAAUUAAUCCUAUCUUUGAUGAAAAUGAUGAGCUCAUUGAGAAUGCUAAACAAAAAAGAGAAAGUGAACUAAUAGCCAGGAGAGAGAAACUGAUGUUGGAAGUAGAAAAGGAAUCGAGACGCAUGGAAGAAUUUACAGAAUUUGCGGAGCUGGAACGCAUGCACCAGUAUGUGGCAGAUGUUAGACAACUGCAGAAACGUAUUCAGGAGUCCGAGGAAGCAGUGCAGUUCAUCAAUAAAGAAGAGGAGCUUUUCAAGUGGGAGCUGACAAAAUACCCUGAACUGGAGAAGCUGAAAGUGAACAUCGAGCCCUAUCACAAGUUUUUUACUCUCAUUUUGAAGUGGCAACGAACGGAAAAACGGUGGAUGGAUGGAGGGUUUUUGGACCUCAAUGGGGAAGGAAUGGAAGCGGAUGUGGAUGAAUUUUCUCGAGAAAUUUUUAAGACACUGAAAUUUUUCCAAGCCAAACAAAAGAAGGAACUACAAGAAAAAAGAAAAACAGCAAAAAGACGCUCUCUGGUAGAAGAGAAAACUGAAGAAGAACCAAAAGAUAAUCCUACUAUUAAUAUGUGUGCUGCAGUAAUGGAGCAGAUAAAAACCUUUAAGGAGUAUAUCCCUACUGUCUCCAUUCUGUGCAAUCCGGGAAUGAGACCUCGCCACUGGGCCCAGAUGUCAGAAAUUGUAGGCUAUGACUUGACUCCAGACUCUGGAAGUACCCUGAGAAAAAUUUUAAAAUUAAACCUUACACAAUAUUUGGAUCAAUUUGAAGUAAUAAGUGCAGGUGCAAGCAAGGAAUUUUCAUUAGAGAAAGCCAUGCACACAAUGAUGGGGACUUGGGAUGAUAUUUCUUUUCAUAUAAGUUUGUAUCGUGAUACUGGAGUCUGUAUUCUUUCUUCAGUGGAUGAGAUUCAGACUAUCCUUGAUGAUCAAAUUAUAAAAACCCAGACAAUGAGAGGCUCACCUUUCAUCAAGCCAUUUGAAAAAGAGAUCAAGGCCUGGGAGGACCGCUUGAUUAGAAUACAAGAAACAAUUGAUGAAUGGUUAAAAGUACAAGCUCAAUGGCUGUAUUUGGAGCCCAUCUUUUGUUCUGAGGAUAUUAUGCAACAGAUGCCGGAAGAAGGGCGUCAGUUUCUCACAGUAGACAGACAUUGGCGGGAUAUCAUGAGGUUUUGUGCGAAAGAUCCAAAGGUUCUUGCCGCUACGUCAUUAACAGGCUUAUUGGAGAAACUGCAGAACUGCAAUGACCUCUUGGAGAAAAUUAUGAAAGGCCUGAAUGCAUACCUUGAAAAGAAGCGCCUCUUCUUCCCUCGUUUUUUCUUCUUGUCAAACGAUGAGAUGCUAGAGAUUUUGUCCGAGACCAAAGAUCCCCUUAGAGUUCAGCCUCACUUAAAGAAGUGCUUUGAAGGCAUUGCUAAACUGGAGUUCCUUGCCAAUUUGGACAUUAAGGCCAUGUAUAGCUCUGAAGGCGAGCGAGUGGAGCUGAUUGCACUCAUUUCCACGUCGGCCGCCAGGGGCGCUGUGGAAAAGUGGCUCAUUCAAGUGGAAGACCUGAUGCUCCGGAGUAUUCAUGAUGUGAUCGCUGCGGCCAGACUGGCUUAUCCAGAAUCUGAAAGGAAAGACUGGGUUCGAGAAUGGCCUGGCCAAGUUGUGCUUUGUGUUUCUCAAAUGUUCUGGACUUCUGAGACACAGGAAGUUAUAAGCGAUGGCCCAGAGGGAUUAAAGAAGUACUAUAGUGAACUUCAGAAUCAACUAAAUGAUAUUGUGGGGCUGGUUAGAGGGAAAUUGUCUAAGCAGACCAGGACCACUCUGGGGGCUUUGGUCACUAUUGAUGUCCAUGCUAGAGAUGUGGUCAUGGACAUGAUUGAGAAAGGUGUCUCACAUGAAACAGAUUUCCAGUGGCUUGCUCAACUUCGAUAUUAUUGGGAAUAUGAUAAUGCUCGAGUUCGGAUCAUUAAUUGCAAUGUGAAAUAUGCUUAUGAAUAUCUUGGUAACUCACCUCGACUUGUCAUUACUCCUCUAACGGACAGGUGUUACAGAACAUUGAUAGGUGCCUUCUAUUUAAACCUUGGAGGUGCUCCCGAGGGGCCAGCAGGCACAGGGAAAACUGAGACCACCAAGGACUUGGCGAAAGCUCUUGCUGUGCAGUGUGUGGUGUUCAACUGUUCAGAUGGGCUAGACUACCUAGCAAUGGGAAAGUUUUUUAAAGGGUUGGCUUCCUCCGGUGCUUGGGCGUGCUUUGAUGAAUUUAAUAGAAUCGAGUUGGAAGUGUUGUCUGUGGUAGCUCAGCAGAUCCUCUGCAUUCAGAGAGCCAUUCAGCAGAAGUUGGAAGUGUUCAUUUUUGAAGGGACAGAGCUUAAACUCAAUCCCAACUGCUUUGUAGCGAUUACCAUGAAUCCCGGCUAUGCAGGGCGUUCUGAAUUGCCAGACAACCUUAAGGUUCUCUUUAGAACAGUGGCUAUGAUGGUUCCAAACUAUGCUCUUAUAGCAGAAAUCUCCCUUUACUCCUAUGGAUUUUUGAAUGCCAAGCCACUGUCUGUGAAGAUAGUAAUGACCUACAGGCUUUGCUCUGAGCAGCUCUCCUCACAGUUUCAUUAUGAUUAUGGAAUGCGAGCAGUAAAAGCAGUUUUGGUGGCUGCUGGAAACCUAAAACUGAAAUAUCCUGAUGAAAAUGAAGAUAUACUUCUUCUUCGAUCAAUUAAAGAUGUAAAUGAGCCAAAGUUUCUAUCACAUGAUAUACCCUUAUUUAAUGGAAUAACUAGUGACUUAUUUCCUGGUAUUAAACUUCCUGAAGCGGAUUAUAAUGAAUUUUUGGAAUGUGCUCAUGAAGCCUGCAAAGCACAUAAUCUUCAACCUGUUAAAUUUUUUCUGGAUAAAAUGAUUCAGACAUAUGAAAUGAUGAUUGUUAGACAUGGUUUUAUGUUAGUAGGAGAGCCUUUUGCUGCUAAGACUGAAGUUCUGCAUGUGUUGGCUGAUACCCUAAGUCUUAUGAAUGAACGGGGCUAUGGAGAGGAAGAGAAGGUUAUUUAUAGGACUGUCAACCCCAAAUCCAUUACUAUGGGCCAACUUUUUGGACAGUUUGAUCCAGUGUCUCAUGAGUGGACUGAUGGUAUUGUGGCCAAUACCUUUAGAGAAUUUGCCUUAUCAGAAUCACCUGACCGGAAAUGGGUGGUGUUUGAUGGUCCCAUUGACACUCUGUGGAUAGAGAGCAUGAACACAGUGCUGGAUGAUAAUAAAAAGCUUUGCCUGAUGAGUGGAGAAAUCAUUCAAAUGUCUCCUCAAAUGAGCCUCAUCUUUGAAACAAUGGACCUCUCCCAGGCUUCACCUGCUACUGUAAGCCGCUGCGGCAUGAUUUAUUUGGAGCCCUCACAAUUAGGAUGGAAACCACUUGUGUCUUCCUGGCUGAAUUCAUUGACAGGGCCUCUGCAGGAAGGGGAGCCCCAUGCUCUGCUGCAAGAACUUUUUGACUGGUUAAUGCCACCUUCUUUAAGACUGCGUAAAAAAAAAUGCAAGGAACUGAUUCCCACCAGCGAUAGUAAUGUGGUUGUAUCUCUCACACGCCUCUUUGAAGUACUAUUUUGCCCUGUGGUAGAAAACGAACCUACCAGCAAGCACAUUCGUAUUUGGAUUAUGGCUUGCUUUAUAUUCGCUUUGGUUUGGUCUGUUGGGGGGAGUUGUGAUACAGAUGGCCGCAUGGUCUUUGAUGCUUUCAUCAGAGAAGUGUUGGUGGGAAAAAAUGAAGACUAUCCAGUGCCGCAAUCUGUGGGUAAAUGGGAAUGCCUCUUUGAUGAAAAAGGCCUGGUCUAUGACUACACGUACGAGUUCAGAAACCGAGGUCGAUGGCUCCAUUGGAAUGAACUAAUUAAAAAUACUAAUUUAGGAAAUAAAAAUGUCAAGAUUCAAGACAUCAUAGUCCCUACCAUAGAUACAAUUAGAUAUACAUUUCUAGUGGAUUUGAGUAUUACCUAUGCAAAGCCACUGCUGUUCGUGGGCCCAACAGGUACAGGAAAAUCAGUGUAUGUGAAGGAUAAGCUGAUGAAUCACUUGGAAAAGGACCGGUACUUUCCUUUUUAUGUUAAUUUCUCUGCACGGACCAGUGCCAACCAGGUUCAGAACAUUAUUAUGGCCAGAUUGGACAAGAGACGCAAAGGAGUGUUUGGGCCACCUAUGGGAAAGAAGUGUAUCAUUUUUAUAGAUGACAUGAAUAUGCCUGCAUUGGAGAAGUAUGGCGCUCAGCCGCCUAUUGAAUUAUUACGACAAUUUUUUGACUGUGGAUAUUGGUAUGACCUUAAGGACACAAGUAAAAUCACCCUGGUUGAUAUCGAGCUGAUUGCAGCCAUCGGCCCCCCAGGUGGUGGAAGAAAUCCAGUUACUCCCCGUUUCAUUCGACAUUUCAACAUCUGCACUAUCAAUACCUUUAGCGAUGAAACCAUGGUUCGGAUCUUCUCAUCAAUUGUAGCAUUCUACCUUAGGACCCAUGAAUUUCUUCCAGAGUACUUUUCAAUUGGGAACCAAAUUGUCUCUGGGACAAUGGAAAUAUAUAAAAAAUCCAUGGAAAAUCUCUUGCCCACCCCCACCAAAUCUCAUUACACUUUCAACUUGCGUGAUUUUUCACGUGUUAUCCGGGGCUGCCUGCUCAUUGAGAAAGAUGCGGUGGACAGCAAACAGACUAUGAUCCGCCUGUUUGUGCAUGAGGUCCUCAGAGUGUUUUACGAUCGCCUGGUUAAUGAUGAAGACCGAAGCUGGCUGUUCACAUUAACCAAAAGUGUUAUAAAGGAUCAUUUUAAAGAAUCAUUUGAUGGUCUUUUUUCACAUUUGAGGAAAGGGAAUGCGCCAGUAACUGAAGAGGACUUAAGAAAUCUCAUGUUUGGUGACUAUAUGAAUCCAGACCUUGAAGGAGAUGACAGAGUUUAUAUUGAAAUUCCAGACAUUCAUAGUUUCAGUGACAUCGUAGAUCAAUGUUUAGACGAAUAUAAUCAAACUCACAAAACAAGAAUGAAUCUUGUCAUUUUUAGGUAUGUACUGGAACAUUUAUCAAGAAUAUGUCGAGUUCUAAAGCAGUCUGGUGGCAAUGCUUUACUUGUUGGAUUAGGUGGGAGUGGUCGUCAAUCUUUAACUCGUCUGGCUACCUCCAUGGCAAAAAUGCAGAUUUUCCAACCAGAAAUUUCUAAGAGCUAUGGCAUGAAUGAAUGGAGAGAGGAUUUGAAGGUUCUGUUACGGAAUGCUGGAAUGAAGGGCCAGAAGACGGUCUUUCUCAUCACGGACACUCAGAUUAAAGAAGAAGCUUUUCUAGAGGAUAUCGACAGUGUGCUCAAUACCGGAGAAGUGCCGAACAUUUUUGCAGCAGACGAAAAGCAAGAAGUGAUGGAGGGUGUUCGCCCAGUAGCCCAGGCUGGCAAUAAACAUGGUGAACUUAGUCCAUUAGCCCUAUUUGCUUUUUUUGUGAGUCGCUGCAAAGAUAAUCUUCAUGUCGUGGUAGCCUUUAGCCCCAUUGGAGACGCCUUUCGAAAUCGCUUGAGACAGUUCCCAUCCCUCAUCAACUGCUGUACCAUUGACUGGUUUCAGCCAUGGCCUGAAGAUGCUCUUGAACUUGUAGCUGUGAAAUUCUUAGAAACCCUGGAGCUCACUGAGGUUGAACGGCAAGAAGUAGUUUCCAUCUGUAAAUACUUUCACACCUCCAUCAUGGAUCUUUCAGAAAGGUUUUUGCAAGAGUUAGGGCGACACAACUAUGUAACUGCUACCUCUUAUCUUGAACUGAUUGCGUCCUUUCGACAACUUUUGACUUCAAAGCGACAAGCUGUUAUGAAUGCAAAACAACAGUAUACAAAUGGACUCGACAAAUUAGCCUUUGCUGAGUCUCAAGUUGGCGAGAUGAAAAUGGAGCUUGUUCAAUUACAGCCCAAAUUGGAGGAAGCUAAAGUUGAGAAUGCGCAUAUGAUGCAGAUCAUCGAGAUAGAGUCUGCCCAGGUAGAAGCGAAAAGGAAGUUUGUGAAGUUUGAUGAGGAAAUAGCCAGUGGGAAGGCUGAGGAGGCCCAGGCUCUGAAGAACGAGUGUGAGAGUGACCUCGCGGAGGCCAUUCCAGCCUUGGAAGCAGCUCUGUCUGCGCUGGACACGCUGAAGCCAGCCGAUAUUACUAUUGUGAAAUCGAUGAAGAACCCUCCGUCUGGUGUUAAGCUUGUGAUGGCUGCUAUUUGCGUCAUGAAAGACAUAAAACCAGAAAAAAUUUCAGAUCCAUCGGGAACUGGAGGAAAGGUCUUAGACUACUGGGGACCUAGCAAAAAGGUUCUAGGAGAUAUGAAUUUCUUAAGAGAUUUGAGAGAAUAUGACAAGGACAACAUUCCAGUGAGUGUUAUGCAGAAGAUCCGGAGUGAAUACUUAACAAACCCUGAAUUUGACCCUCCUAAGAUUGCAAAAGCUUCUUCUGCAGCCGAGGGUCUGUGCAAGUGGAUCAUGGCUAUGGAAGUGUAUGAUAGAGUUGCAAAGGUAGUGGCUCCAAAGAAAGCACGCUUAACAGAAGCUCAGCGGUCUUUAGCUGAGACCAUGAGUCUUUUAAAUCAGAAGAGAGCUGAACUGGCAGCGGUAGAAUAUCAUUUGGAAAAUCUACAAAAUACAUUUACUGAGAAAACUGAGGAAAAAGCUCGUUUAGAAGACCAGGUGGAACUUUGUGCUAAGAAACUUGAAAGGGCCUCAAAACUAAUUGGAGGUCUUGGUGGAGAAAAAUCAAGAUGGUCUCAAGCUGCAGAUGACCUGCAGACAAUAUAUGAAAAUUUGACUGGUGAUAUCUUAGUAUCUGCAGGCGUAAUAGCUUACCUUGGCGCUUUCACAUCCGGCUUUCGACAAUCAUGUACACAAAGUUGGAGCCUGUUGUGUAAGGAGAAAAAGAUUCCGUGUUCAGAGGAGUUCUCAUUGAGCAAAACUCUGGGUGAUGCAGUAAAAAUUAGGGCUUGGAAUAUUGCGGGAUUACCAACAGAUACCUUCUCCAUAGAUAACGGAGUGAUUGUUAGUAACUCCAGGCGUUGGCCUUUAAUGAUUGACCCCCAGGGCCAAGCCAAUAAAUGGAUCAAAAAUUCUGAGAAAGAAAACCAGCUGAGUGUUAUAAAGCUAUCAGAUUCAGACUAUAUGAGAACAUUGGAAAAUUGUAUUCAGUUUGGAACCCCGCUUCUAUUAGAAAAUGUUGGUGAAGAACUGGAUCCGUCGUUGGAGCCUUUACUACUUAGACAAACUUUUAAACAAGGUGGCAUUGAUUGCAUCAGACUUGGUGAAGUCAUAAUUGAAUAUUCCUUUGAUUUCAAAUUUUACAUUACCACAAAACUGAGAAAUCCACACUAUAUGCCAGAGCUAGCUACAAAAGUGUCUCUGCUCAAUUUCAUGAUAACUCCAGAAGGACUUGAAGAUCAAUUACUAGGUAUUGUUGUUGCAAAGGAGAGACCAGAAUUAGAAGAGGAACGUAAUGCUCUUAUUCUUCAGUCUGCAGCUAAUAAAAAGCAACUAAAAGACAUAGAGAAAAAAAUUUUGGAAACAUUAUCAUAUUCAGAAGGGAACAUUUUAGAAGAUGAAAGUGCGAUCAAAGUCUUAGACUCUGCUAAACUGAUGUCCAAUGAGAUCACAAAGAAACAACAGAUUGCAGAGAAAACAGAACUCAAAAUAGCAGAGUCUCGAGAAGGUUAUAGACCCAUCGCUAAACAUUCAUCAGUAUUGUUCUUUAGCAUUGCAGAUCUGGCUAACAUUGACCCCAUGUACCAGUACUCUCUUAGCUGGUUUGUGAACCUUUAUAUCAAUUCUAUUCAUGACAGUAACAAAUCCAAAAUUUUGGAAAAGCGCCUACGAUAUUUAAAUGACCACUUCACAUACAAUUUGUAUUGUAAUAUAUGCCGAUCACUAUUUGAGAAGGACAAGCUAUUGUUUUCCUUUUUAUUAUGUGCCAAUCUUCUUCUGGCAAGGAAAGAGAUUGAAUACCAGGAACUGAUGUUUCUUUUAACGGGAGGAGUAAGUCUUAAGAAUCCUGAGAAAAAUCCUGAUCCAUCUUGGCUACAGGAGAAAAGCUGGGAGGAAAUUUGUCGAGCAAGUGAAUACCCUGCCUUCACAGGGUUCAGGGAACAUUUCUGUGAAAAUAUACAGGACUGGCGGGGAAUCUAUGACAGUAAAGAGCCACAUAAUGCUAAGUUUCCACAACCAAUGGAUACAGCACUAAAUGAACUACAGAGAAUCAUAAUUCUUCGGUGCCUGCGACCUGAUAAGAUCACCCCAGCCAUAACCAAUUACGUAACUGACAAACUCGGGAAAAAGUUUGUAGAGCCUCCACCGUUUGAUUUGGCAAAGAGCUACUUGGAUUCAAAUUGCACCAUCCCCUUAGUGUUUGUGCUGUCUCCAGGCGCAGAUCCCAUGGCUAGCCUGCUGAAAUUUGCAAAUGAUAAAGCUAUGUCUGGAAAUAAGUUUCAAGCUAUUUCACUGGGACAGGGACAAGGACCAAUUGCAACAAAAAUGAUUAAGUCAGCACUGGAAGAUGGGACGUGGGUUUGCCUGCAGAACUGUCACCUUGCUGUCUCUUGGAUGCCCAUGUUGGAAAAAAUAUGUGAAGAUUUUUCUUCUGAAAUCUGUAACUCUUCCUUUAGGCUUUGGCUCACAAGUUACCCAUCUCCGAAAUUCCCGGUAACAAUUCUGCAGAACGGUGUGAAAAUGACAAACGAACCUCCCACGGGUCUCCGCCUAAAUCUCCUGCAGUCAUAUCUCUCUGAUCCAAUUUCUGAUGAAGAAUUCUUCAAGGGAUGCCCUGGAAAGGAAGCGGAAUGGGAGAAAUUGCUGUUUGGAGUUUGUUUUUUUCACGCUCUUGUGCAAGAGAGAAAGAAAUUUGGACCUCUUGGUUGGAAUAUUCCAUAUGGAUUUAAUGAAUCAGAUUUACGCAUCAGUAUCCGACAACUUCAGUUAUUCAUAAAUGAGUAUGACACAAUUCCAUUUGAAGCCAUCUCUUACUUGACGGGGGAGUGUAACUACGGAGGAAGAGUGACAGAUGAUUGGGACAGACGUCUCUUGUUAACUAUGCUGGCUGACUUUUAUAAUCCGCUUGUAAUUGAAACCCCGUAUUAUAGGUUUUCCCCUAGUGGAAACUAUUUUGCACCUUUGAAAGGCACUUAUCAGGACUACAUUGAAUUUAUUAAGCAACUUCCCUCUGCUCAACACCCCGAGAUAUUUGGGUUGCAUGAAAAUGUUGAUAUCUCCAAAGAUCUUCAGCAAACGAAAACCCUCUUUGAGUCCUUACUGCUCACCCAGGGAGGCUCCAAGCAGACCGGCGCCUCCGGAAGUGCUGACCAUGUCCUGUUGGACAUCACCAAGGGUAUCCUCCAUAAGCUCCCCUCUGAUUUUGACAUUGAAGCUGCACUGUCUAAGUACCCGGUGAGAUAUGAAGAAAGCAUGAAUACGGUGUUAGUGCAAGAAAUGGAACGGUUUAACAACACAGGGGAAUGGUAUGAUUCAGGGAAACCAAAUGUAUUCUGGCUCUCGGGUUUCUUUUUCACCCAAGCCUUUUUAACUGGAGCUAUGCAGAAUUUUGCCAGAAAAUAUACCACGCCUAUUGAUUUACUAGGAUACGAAUUUGAGGUCAUUCCUUUGGACACAUCUGACACCGCACCAGACGACGGUGUUUACAUCCACGGCUUGUACCUCGAUGGAGCUCGCUGGGACAGAGCUAGUGGAUUUCUCAGUGAACAAUAUCCUAAGCUUCUGUUUGACCUGAUGCCCAUCAUAUGGAUAAAACCAACUAUGAAGUCGGAGAUUGACAAGUCAAAUGCCUACGUCUGCCCCUUGUACAAGACAAGCGAGCGCAAAGGAACGCUCUCAACUACAGGACACUCUACGAACUUUGUCAUCGCAAUGCUCUUAAAAACAGAGCUACCCAUUCAGCACUGGAUCAAGCGUGGGGUUGCUCUGCUUUGUCAGCUGGAUGAUUAAACUGGACCAGUUCAGAAAACAUUCAAAGAAGAAAGCCAAGUGUCCUCACUAACUUAAGUAUACUGAUAUCAGUUAUAAAGCCGAGUGAGCAUCUGCGUCGUUCUUUGGAAUGGUCUUUGUCAGCGGCGCAUGCGUUGUGCUCCCCCUUCUAGCUGGGUUCUUUUGGAAGAUCACACAGCAAGACUCUAGUUGGGAAAGGGGAGGAAAUGUGUUUUAAAAUUUUGUUUUUUCAU